ACAUCGCCAUCUUGUAGCAAUCCUAUUUUUUUUUUUUUUUUUUUUUUUUUAAACGUAUGCGAGGAUCUACUUUCCGUUUGACCGGAUUAAAAACCGAGCGUCUGGUUUCGGCAGAAACACACGGGAAGAGAAGUUCGGCCCCGAGGGUGUGAACCGUGCACACGGCGCUUCCCACCGGGACACCACCCCACCUACCCCCCUCGGUCUUUUUCCUCCUCUCCGUCCCGAGCUAGCGGGUCGCCUGUCGCGAGGGUUUCACGCGCAAUGAGCAUCGACACACUUUUGGAGGCGGCCAGAUAUUUGGAAUGGCAAGCCCAGCAGCAACAACAGAUCACACGUGAAGAGGAGCAGCGCAAAGAGAAGGAGCUCAUCCAGAGGGACGCAGACUCGCGGCGGGUGGAACUUGUGACGACGUUGUCUCAGCCAAUCAGGGCCAACCACAUCACUUGGGGCCAUGGCGCUCACCACCAACAGCCGCACCACCCUCCUCCCCCCCCUCUCCCGCCCCCUCAAGUCCCCAUCGCCGUCAUCCCGAUGGUCCCGGUCGUCAACGCUACGCCCUCGGUGCCGCCCCGUCCGCCUGCAACGCAGAUUGCAGCGGCGACGGCGCUCAACGGCUCCCCGCUAGUCAAGAAGGCUUCCUCCCCCCUGCAGCACCAGCACCAUCAGCAGCACCAUCAGCAGCAGCAGCAGCAUCCGUCGCUCUCUCCUCACCUGUUGUGCACGCAGCAGAUUAAGGUAGAGACUAGUUCGCAGCUGAUAAGUGCAAAGCCCGGCCAGUCGCAGCCCGAGGUUCAGAUUCAGUACUCGACCUCCAUCAGCACGAAUGGAUCCGGCGCUCUACAUGCACUGGUCCCCCACCAACUUCCACCUUCAGCCCAACCGCGGCCCAACGGGGUGAUGAUGAGUGAUGACCUGAGGGGGAUGGAAGGGAAGAGGAGACCCGGAGGGGCGGGCACCAGAGAGGUCCAUAAUAAACUGGAGAAGAACAGGCCCUUCAGGCGAGCGCACCUCAAAGAGUGUUUUGAGACGCUGAAGAAGAACGUUCCAAACGUCGAUGAGAAGAAAACCUCCAACCUCAGUGUGCUCCGCAGCGCUUUGCGGUACAUACAGACUUUGAAGCGUAAGGAGAAGGAGUACGAGCACGAGAUGGAGCGUUUGGCCAGAGAGAAGAUCGCUACGCAGCAGCGGCUGGCCGAGUUGAAGAGCGAGCUCAGCCAAUGCAUGGACGUGACGGAGAUCGACCGGGUCCUCCGUCAGACGAUCCAGCCGGAGGACGACCAGGCCUCCACGUCCACCGCCUCAGAAGGAGAAGACAACUUUGAGCAGGACAUCGACGAGGACGUCCUCGCUCCCCCGGCUCUCUCGUCGCUGCCCAAACCGCCACCUCCCAUUUUACAAGCCCAGCCGCUCCUCAACCGUCAGCCGUCGAUCCAGCACGCCGCGCUGCCUCUUUCUGGAGUCCUGCACACAGCCUCCCCCUCUGCGGCGCCACACGCCAUCGCACCCGCUCCGCCGCCAGGCCCGCCCCCGCCGCAGGCCGGCCAUUCCAUUCAGCCCGCCGCAAUGCAGCUCCAGUCCACCGUCAUCGCCCACGCCGCCGUCUCCCACCCAUCGGUCAUCCAGGCCGUCAAUCCCUGCCUGCCGGCAAAUCAAAAGCACCUAACACACAUCGCGCCGUCGCCCGGCCCCAUCUCCUCCAUCCACCAGACCGUGGCGGCGGCGCCCUCGGCGGCUGCUCACCAGCAGAUCACCGCGCAGCCCAUCGGACACAUCACCGUCCACCCGGUGGCUCACCUGGCGGGUCCCCUGCCGUCCCACCUCCCGACUCUCUACCCCCAGGGCGUGUCCGUCUCCCAGCCCACCGUGGUGGGCCACAUCACGCACACCUUCACCCAUCACACCCUGCCGCACGUACAGGCCAACCCUCAAGCUAACACUAACGGAGCCCAGAUGAACAGCGCGGCGCUGGUCGGCCAGGGGAGCCCGUCGCUAGGGAAGCCCACAGCCGUGCUGGCCCCCCACCCUCAGCUGGUGGGACAGGCCGCCGUCCUCAACCCUGUCACCAUGGUUACGGUCCCGACCUUCCCCGUCAGCACGCUCAAACUGGCGUGAAGGUAACGGGGGAAUCGCAGUGGGACUGAUGGAUGUGGAUUGAAGGGGAGAAAGAUUCAGAACUUCUGGAUUGCAUUUUUACACUCCUAUCAAUAAUCAAUUGCAGGAUUGACCAAGAAAAGAUUGUGACGAAAAUCUCCAGAGAUGUUUUGGUCACGGCUCUGUUAGUUUGUGAACAAUAACGUUGAAGCAGUCAGUGGGUCAGGCCAUUGUUUGUGAAAAUAAGACAUUUGUCCGCGCUGCAAAGACUGGAACUCUGUUUUAUCUUCCUUCCUUCCUCCUCUCCCUCCUUCCUCCUCUCCCUCCUAUACAACAAGAAGCACUAACGUAAUAAGCUCACACUCAGGCAUCAGAGAUUUCCCAUAACUUUUCAUGCACUCAUUGAGGGAAAAAUGAGAGAGCGAGCUAGAGAGAGUAUUUUGUCGUUGGACUGUUGCCAUGGUGAUUGUGUGUAUGUGCCCGUUUUUGGACUCUGAAUCAUGAUUCUGGCGACAUAAUGUCGCUGAUGUGUUUGAGAGCAGCAGGCGGGAGCUCGGUGUUCUCACCGAUCCAAACUAAUUACAGGCGAGUGGGAGGUAGAGCACAUUUCACCGUUGUCAGAUUCCGAUGCAGCUCACUGUUUAUUCAUUUAAAUCGCAUCCAGUUUUCUUCCUCCCUUUGUUUUCCAAUCUGGCGCCACGAUGUGACCGGGAAGCUAUUUAGCAUUUUACCUCCAAAUUAAGGUUCCUCGUCACUCCGCGUGGCACCUGGCAAAUUAAGAAAAAGAACAAACAGCGCAGAAAUAAAGCCAUAAGCACUGUAUAAAACCAGGAAAAGUUAAAAAAAGACAUGUCUAAUCCCACAAUUAUUUUGAAUCCAAUACGUCUGUGUUAUUAAAUACAGAUCAACUCCAGCGAUGA